UUCCCGGAAUGGACUGGCCCAGAUAUCAGCACUUGGCGCUACUCCAGACUGUCGCAGCAGAAUUGUCAUAGGGGAAUACUUCCUUCCACGACAAUAAUAUUAGUCACAACUUACCACUCCCCGAUUCCAACCCACGGUAUCUCACCGACCACAGGAUACUAUUUAUGUCAGCAGAGACGACCGCGAGACGAGUGGAUUUACCUUGGAUGUUUGCAACUCAAGCUUGGAGUAAACUUUUUAGUUUUGACUCGUCUCGAUCGAGGUAGUGUGAAGCUGCACUGCAGCCAACAACGAUGUAGUCAAUGAAGUCAACAUUCCUGUCUCAAUCGGCGCCAACAUGUCCAACGUCAAACUUCACAAUGACGUCAACGCAAACCAUAACCAUAUCAACUGUAAUACUUCCCUGAAAACUAAUAAGAUAUUAGCACAGGAUGUUGCCGUGACAGACAGAGAGUCACAAUGCCGUCAAGGUUCGCGGAGGAGCCACAUCUGGUCAGUGUGGGAAGUGAAGCGAUUGUCCACUGCGGUCACUAUACACCCUGUGCAUGAAGGGCGGACCAAAAUCGGAACAAUAUUUGCAGACAUUCCACAAGACAUUGUGAUAGAGGGUACAGGGGUGGAGGCGGACCACUGUUACCUUGACAACCAUAAUGGCGUCAUAACGUUGACACCUCUUGCUAGGCAGUGCUCUGUCGAUGGAGAACCUGUAGAGAAAACAACAAGACUAGCACAAGGGUCAAUGAUAUGCCUGGGGCGCUCCAACUAUUUUCGUUUCAACCACCCCGAGGAAGCCCAGAAGAUGAAGGAUGCCAUGCCCAACUGCCGCAUCUCCUGUGUCCCCCUACAUUUCUUGCAUGAUCUUGAGAACAGCAAGGAAUAUAAGGAUAUGAUAGAAGAGGCCGAGUCUCGGUCCUCAAGGGGCUCAGGUGACGGUCGCCUCCCAGUCCUCAAAUCACCUACCGGGAGUUUUCGGGACAGCACAGACAAUGACGACUUCCUUCAAAAAGUGUCCAAGUUCGAGAUGAUCUCACGGAAAUCCUCCACCUCCUCUGCUAAGAGCCCCGGGCCUCGCUUGUCGGACGAGUUUUCGGGAAGUGACAGCGGGUCUGGAGCUCAUCCUCACGUUGGUGAAAAGAUAUUUACACGUGACACUGCCACAACGCGUGUUUCUGCGAGUGUUCUUCAUGGUGGAAGCUCUGAGAGAGUCCCGAGUACUUGCAGCACCAAAAGUUCUAGUUCAUUGACUAGCGUCAGCACACUCAGUUGGAGCUCAGACUCUUCAGGAAGUUCAAGGUCACUACGAGCCUCAUCCUCAUCAGGAAUUUGCCAGUCUCCCCAUUCGCCAGGUGUCAUCACUUCUCCAAUACAAAAUCAAACCCAUGUUUUCACUCCUCCUGUUGAGGAAAAUGGGGCAAGGGAGAUGCCUCCACUUGUAAAUGGCAGAGUUCAUAAAAAGAAUGAUAUUAACCUCAGUGGCCAUCGGGAUACGUUCGAUGGCAUAGAUUUUGAUAUCUGUGAACUGUCAGCUAGUCAAAAGGAUUUAAGAAUCCGCCACCAAGAACAGGUUGAGGAACGGAAAAAGGAACAGGCAUUAGAAAAGCAGGAACGUCAGCGCUUGGAAGACAUUCUGAAAAUGUGUGAGGAAUAUGAACUACAGAUUGAGAAAGAAAAACAAACCAUUGACCCUCAGUCACCCUCUAAACCAAAAUCCCCAGAGACCAAAAUAUCAGCCCAGCGGAAGCCCUUGCCGCCAGGGUUCCUGGAAGUCAGUUCCGACGCCAACACGCAUGAUAGGAAAGAUCGUGUUGAUGGGAAAAGUUCAAUGACCAAAAUCAAAACCAAUGGAUCUCUGAUGUUGUCCUCCCCAGCAACACUCACAAGGACGGUCUCUUUAGUUUCCAAAUGCGUAAAUGUGAGUCAAACUCUUCCAACUCGGAAGAGGAAGUGUGUGGCAGCUCAGAAGAAACUGGCACCAUUAAACGUAGACCUACACCAGAAGGGAACAAGUCUCCACUCUCACAGUUGGAAGAAUCACCAAAGAACCAAGCUUCAUCCAGUUUCCAAGUUGAUGAAUCAGCGUUACGGCUACCGGCAUCAGCUCAAGAUUCCAUCCAGCAGAUCCUCAAUUCUUCCUUCGAGUCCAACCCCGACUCUCCAAGCAUGGGACAGUUCACUGUGCGCAUCGACGCCCAGUUCUCGGACCAUAUGGAUGAACAUAUUUAUGAGAACGACGAUGUUGUGAACUCAGAGAAGGAGU